UCAAUGGAACAAAAACAAACUACCAAAACCAAUGCCCCCAGGAAGAUGAAAUUUGCACCAAAAGCUCCUACUCGCCGAGCACCGAAGCUUGAGGUUAAAACUGAAUCGGCGGAAGACACUGAUGCUGCUCAGGCCAGGGAUUUGCUAGAGCGUUUAAAUCAAAUUUCUGCAAAGACAAAGCCUAAAUUUGAAAGGAAAGCUGCAUCUUCACAAGUUGCAUUUGGUUUUGGAGCGGCAUCAGCAUCAUCUUCGAUGAAAAUAUUUGGUGGAAUUUCCAAAGGUAAAGUUCCUACAUCAGGAUUGAGAGAGGAGAAAGAAUACAAAGAACCAUGGGAUUAUUACAGUUAUUAUCCUCUAACUCUUCCUAUGAGGAGACCAUAUUCAGGAAAUCCAGAGUUUCUUGAUGAGGAGGAGUUUGCUUCAGCGAAUAUAGCUUUCGAUGAAAGUUCAGUCGAGCCAGCCGUAGAUCUUGGUCUACUGGAGGAGAAUCCAGAAGCAACUAUGUUCUUUAUGCAGUUACCACCAACUUUACCUAUGACAAAGCAAACAGGAAACACAUCUGGCAAGAGAUCAAUACCAGUUCAAAGCCAGCUGUGAGUGUAGGUUCUGGAAAGAAGACAUGUGGCUUAGAAGAGAUACCUGCAGGUCUCAUGGGUAAAAUGCUAGUCUACAAAAGUGGUGCUGUCAAGUUAAAGUUGGGGAUACCUUUAUGACGUUACUCCAGGUUCGAAUUGCGGAUUUUCCCAAGAUGUUGUAGCUGUAAAUACUGCAGAGAAGCAUUGUUGUGUUGUUGGGGAGCUUGAGAAGCGUGCUGUUUUAAGCCCGGAUAUAAAUUCUGUCUUGGAUAAAUUGGAUGAUCUUUGAUGGCUUUUGCUUGUUCAGGUUUGGUUAGUAGUUUAUUCAAGAAGGAAUUUAAAAAUAAAAUUGUUCUGAAAACAUGAGUACUCAGUGAAGGUUAGAGGUUCAAAUUCAAC